CUCACCUCUUGCCUUUUACCAGAUGUGACCGUGGGAUGACCCAACAAAUUCCAUUCUACCAAUCUUUGGCACCUUCUCAUCUGGAGAUUCCAGGUUCGAUUUCAUGUUUUGCCAAAGUUAUUGCUCCAGCAUAUAAUUUUUAACUUGAACUUUUCCCUCCAUUACUCUCAUGGUUGGGCUAUAGAUAACGAACUUCUUUUAUUUGGUCCUCCCCCCAUUUUUUCUUACCUGCUCCAGCCGUGGUAGGUAGCGUGCAACCUGGACGAGUGCCCCUGGCAACGGCAACUCGGCUUCUUACAUCAUCGCCAGCCCCGCUGCCUUGGAGGGGCUGAGUUGCCUUGCCUGGCCUAGAAACGUCUUUGUGCCUGAAUACUUUUCUGUUCGGCGCUCUACUACAUCGCGGUGUUCCUUCUGGACAAUAAGAAAAAGUCGCUUGCAUCCUACCAUCUAUCCAAGCAGCACACCAACUCGCUGGCUCGCUCGCUCGCCCGUCCCACGUCAACAAACAUGGCCGAGACUGUUUACAAGCGCACCAAGCUAUUUGGCGGGGCGCUCGAAUGCGACCUGCCCGAGCAGUUUGCCGAUGUCAGCACGCUUCGGCAAGUCCCCGACGCCCAAGAGGUGUUCAUCGACAAGGACGGUUUCACAAGCAUCAUCUUUGACAUAACCGAGCGCGUUGGCGGACCCGGCAGCUCCCCGGAGAUCGACGGUAAGGCCCUGACCACACAUCUGGAGGAGCUGGUCGGUACCGACGUCGACACUGUCAAGGUGUGGAACUCUACGGAGACGUCCUUCUCCAAGCUCGACGCAAAGAUCCCCGCAUACACGCUCAUCGCGACGCAGACCCCGCCACCCGACCCGUCCAACAGAUCCGCCGCCCCGGACUUCACAGCCAUCAUCCUGACGCUCUUGCGCCUGGAGAAGGAGCUGACCGACAUACUCAUCACGGUCAACGUGCCGCACAUCAAGGGCGAGUACGACGACGAGGAGGUUGAUCUGCAGCUUGGGAAGCAGGGCAAGCUCAUUGGGGCCGCGGUCGAGGACGCGGCCAGGAUCUGGGAGACGUUCAGGGUGAACGACUGGAACCUGUUCAAUGAGAUCUAA